CGGGCCCAUCAAAAGGCAAACAAACGAAGAGCCAUGCAGCUGACCCUCACCAUUGGACUGAUCCUCGUGGCCGGAGCCAUGGCCCAGCCGCAGGGAAGGAUCGCCGGGGGCGAGGACGCCGUUCCCGGCCAGCUGCCCUACCAGGCCUCCCUCUCCGUCGGCGGGAGCUACAACUGCGGCGCCGUGAUCAUCGGCCAGCGGUACGCCCUCACCGCCCUCACCUGCGUCUGCUCCGACGGCAAGGACACCCCAUGGCCAGCUGUUCUGUUCGCCGUAACCGUGGGAUCCGUGGACCUGUACUCCGGCGGAAAGCAGAUUCGCGUGGAGGAGAUCACGAUCAACCCGAACUACAACACGCUGAAGACGGGGAUCGCACUGCUCCGCCUGCAGGAGGAUGUACCAUUCAGCGAGACCGUGGCCGCCAUCGCCCUCUCCAAGGACACCCCGCCCCUGGGCGCCCAGGUGGAGGUCUCCGGAUGGGGUCGCACCACCGAGUCCGAGGCGAACAUGCACCGCACCCUGCAGAUCGGCGGCGCCGAGGUGAUGGCCCCGCGGCAGUGCGCCCUGGCCAAAACGGAGGAGGUGGCGGUGGAGAACGACCAGGUGCUGUGCCUGGGCCACGGACGCCGGCAGGGCAUCUGCAGCGGGGACAUCGGCGGACCCGCCGUCUACCAAGGUCAACUGGUGGGCCUGGGCGCCCAGAUCCUCGGCGAGUGCGGCGGCUUGCUCCCGGAGCGGUUCGUCAGCAUCGCGGCCAACUACGAGUGGAUCCAGCAGCAGUUGCAAUAAAGCAGUUCCGAUAACAAAAGCAUGAGAAAGUA